GCGACGAGGAGGCAACAUGCUCGGUCGGGUCAAGUGCGCGGUGGCCGGGUUCAUGGGUGGCAUCAUGGCCGGGGGCAGCUCCGGGGGAGGGUGCAACCCUGGCUCCGAGCUGCCGAUGAAAUUCCCCUAUAUGAGACCCGAGUUCCUGGGACUGUCCCCGGAUGAGAUCGAGUGCUCCGCGGACCACACAGCUCGGCCCAUCGUCAUCCUGAGGGAAACGAGGAGAUUACCGUGGGCCACCGGAUACGCCGAGGUGAUUAACGCUGGUAAGAGUGCACUGAAUGAGGACCAGGCCUGCUGCGAGCUGGUCAUAGCGAGAAGGAGGCCGAUGAGCUACUGCCCCCCGUCCACGCCCACCAAGACCCCCACAGCCAAGAGACGCAACUCCCUGCCCAACGGAGAGGGCUUGGGGCUCCGCUCGGACCACAACAAGCUAGGAGAGGACAGUGAAGGCCUGGUGUUCCACUACUGGGCGUUGUUCGAUGGUCACGCGGGCUCUGGGGCAGCGGUGGUCGCCUCCCGCCUGAUGCAGCACCACAUCGCUUGCCAGCUCCAGGCCGUCAUCGAGAUCCUUCGCAACCUCUCUUCCCUGCCCCCGACUGUCCUGGGUGAGGAGCCCGACACCAACCCCUACCUCCAGGGAAACCCCCCAGGCCCUCACCGGUCCCUGACUCGGGCCGCUUCACUGCGCGGGGCCUCAGGUGCUCCAGGUUCCCCCUGCAACACCCCUCCUCCACCACGCUUCUACACGGAGAAGAAGAUCCAGCAUGAGAGCCUGGUGAUAGGAGCCAUAGAGAACGCCUUCAAAGAGAUGGAUGCCCAGAUUGAGCGCGAGAAGCAGGUGUUCCACAUCACCGGAGGCUGCACGGCUCUCACUGUGGUUUACCUGCUGGGAAAACUAUACGUUGGGAAUGCAGGUGACAGCAGGGCGAUCAUUAUCAGGAGUAACGAGAUCAUCCCCAUGUCGACAGAGUUCACACCAGAGUCAGAACGACAGCGACUCCAGUUCCUGGGCUUCAUGCAGCCUCACCUGUUAGGAAACGAGUUCACACACCUGGAAUUCCCCCGGAGAGUCCAGAGGAAGGAGGUGGGCAAGAGGAUGCUCUACAGAGACUUCACCAUGAACGGAUGGGCAUACAAGACCAUAGAGGAGGAAGAUCUCAAGUUCCCACUGAUUUAUGGUGAAGGGAAAAAGGCUCGAGUGCUGGCUACCAUCGGUGUGACCCGCGGGCUCGGGGACCAUGACCUCAAGGUUCAUGACUCCAACAUCUACAUCAAACCCUUCAUGUCCUGUUGUCCUGAGGUUAAGGUGUACGACCUGGCGCAGUGUGAACACGGGGCCGAUGAUGUUCUGGUGAUGGCAACCGACGGCCUCUGGGACGUCCUCUCCAACCAGGAAGUAGCCGAAUCCGUCACCACAUUCCUCGCCAACUGUGCCCCCGAUGACCUCCACAGGUAUACAAUGGCAGCACAGGACCUGGUGAUGCGAGCGCGGGGGGUGCUGAGGGACCGAGGCUGGAGGAUCACCAACGAGCGCCUCGGCUCCGGGGACGACAUUUCGGCCUUCAUCAUCCCGCUGAUGUACGGCAACCAUCAGCCAUGAGGAGCCUCGCCGAGGGGCUCUUAAAGCAACAGGGUGAUUUUAACUGCCCUGUUCUGUUUCCUCAGUGCCAUUUGAACACUUAUUUUAUUCUUUGGAGGAAGGAUAUCCUAAAAUCAGGAUAUUUAUGUGUGUUGGUGUUUCAUAUCAAUGUAGAAGAUCAUUGGUCGGGCACACAACUUGGCUGCUCAGGUUCGCUCAAAAGUCUAAAAUACAAGUGCAUUUAGACACAUUCUAAUUGAUUUGAGUCGACAAAAGUAAUGCAGGAAACCUCGUGACUGCCACUGACCUUCUGCAGAGAUGUGAAAGCCAAGAGGACGAACGCUCUUCCAAAGGGAAGAAAAUACCUAUUUGCUUUCUGUUCUUCUUACCUCUCGCAGUGCUGUACAUGGCCCCUCUUCUUCCUUCUCUUUUAGUCCUCUUCUGUACAGUCAACUUAUAAAGAAAAAGAAACCUCCUUGUCGCGACCAUGGACCGAGCUGCAGGGUCAGCUACGUUUCUGUUUCGCCACAGUGUGGCUGAGAAGGAUUCACACCUGAUGAGCUGCUUCUAGAUUGCUUUUCAGAUCACGGGCAGUGAUGGGAUUUUUGCAAAGCGGCGUCGCUGUUUCCAUCAGAGCGUUGCCAAUCGUCCACAGAGGCAGGAAAUCUUCGGUCACAUUGGAAGUUGGGGGGGGGGGGCGGUGAUGUCUCUAGCCUGUAUGGAUCAACAGUUUGACACAAGUCAUUUUAAGGUUAGUUUUGAAAAUGCAACAAUGUUACUAAAAAACCAUGUCAGUUCAUGAAAUAUCCAUACAUCAACUCUUAAGAAAAAUACUAAUUUGCUGAGUGUAAGAUGAGAUCAGUGAUACUGUACCACUCUGAAAGAAAGUGGUAUCAGUGAUCUCAUCUAACUCGGCAAGAAAGCGCAUAAGUUACUUUCCAGAAUGUCAACCCAUUCCAUAACUCAGGGGAUGGGCAAUAUGACCAUUUAUCACAUUGCUUAGUAGAAUACUCUAUUCUGAUUGGUCAUUUCAGAGGUUCCACUUCACGUCGGGCUUCAUGAUCACCCGGUUGGUCAUUUUUCUUUUUUCAUUAAUUAUCCCUUACAUAAAGAUGUCUCAUGUAUAUAUUUGUAUACCUCGUUUCAAUAGGGUAGGCGUAUCUUUUCUUUUCUUUAAUUCAAUUUAGAACUUAUUUUAAUUGUUGACUUAAUACUUUAUUUGUCAGUAUUUCAUUGGCAAAGCAUUCUAAAAAUAACAGGCUUUAUUAUUUUGUCAUUACGAAACAUUCAAUGUUGUGAUAUUUAUAUUAUUAUCGCAAUUUGGCCAUAUCGCCCAGCCCUACUGUACACUGACAAAUGUGGAAUUGAUGGAAAUCAAGGUUGUUUUGUGACAUUGUUUUGUGUGAAAGUGACAUUAGAUAAGGACUUGUACAUCAGUAUGAUUGCACUUUAGGCUGACCCACAUCAUUAACCAAGCAGCCGUGAAAUAUUCCCUGCAACAGGGAGGAUUUAAUUCAUUCAUAAUUGAUAUCAAACACAAUCAGAGUCAAUGGGAAAAGCAGUUUGACAGAGGACAAAAACAAAGUUAUCUUUUGCUUUGACAUGUUGCAUGUUUAUAAAGCUUUAGAUGCUUGAUACAGAUCCCAUUAGUCUUCAGAGGGACAUGGGGGGGGCGGGGGUGACGCAAGAUUGGAUGUAGGGAUUUACUGUGACAGUGCAUGCAGUGACAUAUUAUAGGCCUGGGAAUAUGAGCGAUGGUGCAAUGGUUUACACUGCUGUUUGUUUUUAUACCGACUGAAUUUGUAUUUCUGUAAUGUUAGUGAUAAUGUUUUUGGUUCGUAAAUGUGCAAAGACCAUGCAUAUAUUUGAAGGAUGUUGUUUCUUUCAAGUUUUUGACGUCCGAGACAUGUAGCAUAAGAGCUUAGGGUAUAAGUCAAUGGGAAGGAAGGGAAUUAAGGAAACUAAAAUGCAAAUAGACAGACAGAAAACCUCUUGUUGAUUAGACUUGAGGGGAAAAAAAAUGAGGACCAUGGAGAGUUCAGCUGUCUGGAAAUAGUGCCACGUCCUCAAAAACUGAUGUGCAUGUGUAUGUUUUCCUUCCCUACAUUAUUAUUCUGCGUUCAUACGAGCUACACUCCUCUUCCAGCCUCUCUGGGUUGAGAUGUAGUUUAGGAGAAGUAGUCUGGGGGAAGAAGAAACUUCAGAGGAUUGAUAUAAAGUGGUCAUCAUUUCUGAAAAGUUUCAUUCCAGUCGGGGAACAAUCGACUGCAUAAUAUUAAAACAAACCGCAUGUUUUUAAGUCCUUGACAGACAAAAUCAUGAAUUUUAUGAUUUAUUUCCCCUCAAUAGAGGAUAUUUAGAGUUUUGGAGUAGCACUGGUUUACUUACUAGUCUUGACAGUAAAGUGAGAAUAUGUCUAUUUUUUCAUAAAACGGGGCAUACGAGCGAUUGACUGAAUCCAAAAAAGUUAAUUUGGAAUUUGAAAGAAUGAGGAAUUUAAUAUUUGGGAUAUUGGGCCCUAUUUAAACAAUCGAAAGCGCAAGUGCAUUUAGAGCGUGUCAAACUCGUUGUGCUAGUUAAACAGCGCAUAAUCUCAGUGCAAAGUAUGAAGCAAGGAGCUAAUUGGGUGUUUUUAGUUUCUUAAGUUUCUUAUUCAAUCAAAAAGGUGUGUUUUGGCCUAAACAUGAAUAAGACCAAUCUCAUAUGCCCUUUAAAUAGAGGUGAAUAUUGUGCCAUUAACCUAAGACCAACUUGAUGUUUGUGCCAUCGCUUCAAAAUGGCAAUGCGUCUGACUGCACCUUAGGUGGCCAUU